GGAGGAGCAGCCGAGGAAUGACGGGGGUUGGGGCGAGGGGACCAAGAGAAAGGGACGGCGGGGGCAGGGAUCGGAGGAGAGACUGAGGUAGAAAAAAGGGAGAUAAAAGGUUUAGGCCGGAAACUUUGAGAGAAAAGUAGGGGCGGGAUGGAUGCUUUAGUACACAGUGGUGGAUUCCCAAAUGUUAGUUGAAUUUGAAUAGGUGGUUGGUUUGGGGUACCAGGACUCCAUGGGCACGAAAGGAGAUCAGAGCGAUUCUGAACAAGACCAGGAUGGAAGCUUUAGGGUGCCGUUAUGUAAAGGGCACGCUGGGAAACCGCUUAGAGAUUCCCGGGAUUUGAAGAUGGCUGCACAGUCAGCUCCGAAAGUUGUGCUAAAAAGCACCACCAAGAUGUCUCUUAAUGAGCGCUUUACUAAUAUGCUGAAGAACAAACAGCCGAUGCCAGUGAAUAUUCGGGCUACGAUGCAGCAGCAACAGCAGCUAGCCAGUGCCAGAAACAGAAGACUGGCCCAGCAGAUGGAGAAUAGACCCUCUGUCCAGGCAGCAUUGAAACUUAAGCAGACUGUGUAUGCAAGUCCGGAGAGUGGCUGUGGAAGGAUAUGUCCAAGCUGUGGCUGGCAGUCUGGAGGCCGGUGCCAUGCAACUAAGAGCUUAAAACAACGUCUAGGUAAAAGUAACAUCCAGGCACGGUUAGGCCGCCCCACUGGCCCCCUGGCCAGGGGAGCAGUUGGAGGACGGGGUUUGCCCAUGGGCCAGAGAGGCUUGCCACGAGGAGGACUUCGUGGAGGACGUGCUACAAGAGUCCUGCUAAGAGGAGGGAUGUCUCUUCGAGGUCAAAACCUGCUCCGAGGUGGACGAGGCGUAGCUCCCCGAAUGGGAUUAAGAAGAGGUGGUGUCCGAGGUCGUGGAGGCCCUGGGAGAGGGGGCCUAGGGCGAGGAGCAAUGGGCCGUGGAGGAAUCGGUGGUAGAGGUCGAGGCAUGGUAGGCCGAGGACGAGGGGGCUUUGGCGGUCGAGGUAGAGGUCGGGGACGAGGUAGAGGUUCUGCCCGACCUGCACUGACCAAGGAGCAGCUUGACAACCAAUUGGAUGCAUAUAUGUCGAAAACAAAAGGACACCUGGAUGCUGAGCUUGACGCAUACAUGGCUCAGACAGACCCUGAGACCAAUGAUUGAGGCCAGCCUUCCUGUCAGAGACUAUUCUUCAAGUUCAUAAUGUCUGUACAAACCCUGAGCUAACAAAUGAGAAGACCUGACAGAUGCUGGAAAGAUCUUAUCAUACUAGGUUGUGGACUUUAUUCAACCACCAGUUCAUACAUUUUGUGUGUUCCUUUACUUUUUGAUACUGUGUUGGAUGAAAUGUUUGUCGUUUUGUUUUUUAAUUGGUUUUAUAUUUUUUUUUCUGUACUCCUCUCUGAACUUGAAUGUGACUGCCUGGUGACUGGAAUGCCUUCUCCCUCACUUCACUCACAUAUGCACUGACAUGCUGAUGCUGUCCCCAUUCAGCCUUCAGGCUUUGAACUAAGGUCCUAAAGAAUAAUAUAGCACAAACCUCACAUUUGAAGCUCCUCCGUAGUACAGAGGUUUUGAAGAGAGGGCUAUGAAAGAAUUGGUGAUCGUUCUGUUCUUUAAAAAGAAAAAACUUUAAGAAAUCUGGGGACAGAAGACACAUUUGGACACACUGCAGUAAAUGGGGGGGGGAAGCUGGUUUGUUACCUUGGGGGCCAGGUAACAAUCUUGUUCAAAUUACCAGUGGUAAUCAAGUUUUUACCAUGCAAGACCAUACCUCACAUAGAUCAAGGUGUUAUCUGUAGUAAUAAGCCACCUUACUUGAUACAUAAGCUUUCCCACUGCACUUUGUAUCAUGAACAAAAUGGGUAAUAUUGGUCAAGCUGUUUACCUGCAACAAAGAAGAGAGGCUGUUUGGCAGAUUCUUAAGAGGGGAGAGGAGUGAGAGAAUUAUGGCAGGGUAACUGCCAGGUGGGUUCUGAGAACGCCUUAGAAGUGCUAUUAUCUUUAUUUGUUAAAAACCAAACAGUUUUCAGUCUAGAACAUCUUUGGAUUUUACCACCCACAUUGGCUUUGCUUAUCUCUUCUUUCUUUCCCUUGAAGUUUUAAAGUUCAAUCAUACCUUUGUCAGCUGUUCCAGUUUCAAUAGAAUCUUGUAUUUCUGGUUCAUUGUAACAAAGAAGAAACCAUUCUCAAAUCCAA